GCCUUUCUAAUUAAUUUGCAAGUGUCUAAUGAAAUGUCACGUCUGCAGCUGAAAAUACAAUUUUAACAACACAACAUCACAAAAACAUAAAAUUGAAAAUAAAGUUCGAUUAACUUUUGUUUCCGAAGCCCAAAUCAUUGAACUAAAUUAAACAAUCAAUUAUGGUGGAUGUAGCAUCAGCUCAAAGCGAAAAUGAUAAUCUCCGAAAGAUUCGUUUUCGUUUGUUACAAUGGGAAUCUAAAGAAGAUCCAAUAGCCGGACUAACACCUAAACAAGAAGAAUGUAUGGAGAAGCUUGCUUCCAAAUGGAAGAAGAUUCGAGGAGAAAUUUCAGAUAAAACUCCAUUAGAAUCAUUAAAAGAAGAGAAAGAACAACAACAACAAUGCACUUAUCCAUUAAGUAAAAUAUUUAAGGAUCUCGAGUCGUCUGGUAUCAAAAGUACACAUGAUUUUCUUCUCUGGCAUGAUCGUGUCAAAGGCGAAAUACAUGAAAAUGCCAAUAGUUCAUAUGAAAGAUAUCUGCAACAAUUAGAGUUGCGUAGUGAAGAAUGCCGAGUUAUGCUUCAGCAAGUCGAUACGGCUAUGGGAAUGUUAAAUAACUUGAAUUCACAAUACGAUUUCGUGUCCCAUAAGACAAGUUCUCUUAACACAGCCAGUCAACAGCUGAUUGAUGAGCAAAAGAAAAUGCAGGAAAUUAAUGAGGAAAUUCAAAGACGACUACAGUUUUUCAAUCAGGUGGAACUGUUGUACCAACGUAUUCAAAGUCCAACCUUGUCGGUUGCAAGUGAAUCUUUUCGAGAAUGUUUAUCUAAAAUUGAUGAUUGCAUUAAGUAUCUUCAGCAAAAUCCGAAUUAUAAGGACUCUUCUGCUUUUAUCGUUAAAUACAAACAUAUUCUUUCGAAAGCCAUAGCUCUGAUUAAGAAUUACGUAAUAACGGUUAUUUCGCAAGCCACACACCAAACAUUAGCUCCAAAAAAUGUUGGAACUCAAGACACAAAACCAAACGCAGAGGCUGCUUUUGCACUUUAUUAUGGGAAAUACCAAGCAUCUGCAAUCAAAAUUAAAAGAGUUUCCCAAUUAGUUGAAGAUCGUCUGUCUUUUGGGGCCGAAUAUGAACAGCUACUCUCUGAUAUUCACAACAACUAUUUAUCCGAACGAGCUAAUAUCAUGUCACCGGCAGUUGAAAGUGCAAUUCAAGAUUUGAAAAUUACCUACAAAGGAGAUCAGUGUUCAUUGAUGCGAAGUGCGUGUGGAUUUCUGGUGCAUGUAUGUCAAGACGAACAUCGAUUAUUUUUCCAGUACUUCUCGGUGCCCAGUGAUCAAUUGAUAUCAUAUUUGGAAGGAUUAUGCACAAUUCUUUAUGAUACAAUGCGUCCAAUGAUUAUUCAUGUCAACCACUUAGAAACUUUGGCUGAGAUAUGUAGCAUAUUGAGGAUUGAAAUGAUUGAAGAACAAGUUCAACAAAAUCGUGAGCAAUUGGAGGCUUUCGAUCGCACUGCUAACCAAAUGCUUCAAGAUGUUCAAGAGCGAUUAGUUUUUCGAGCUCAUUUGUAUCUGCAGUCAGAUAUAUUACAUUAUAAUCCUUCAGCAGGGGAUCUUGCUUAUCCAGAAAAGUUGGAAAUGAUGGAAAGCAUAGCGCUGUCACUACAAGAACCGACUUUAAGGCGAUCAGAUUCUCGGUCUUCGCUAAUAUCAACAGUUUCAAACACAGAAAGUGUUGACACCAACUACAGAACCAGAAACCUUAAUUCUCCUGCUGAUCUUCAUGGGAUGUGGUACCCAACUGUACGCAGGACACUUGUGUGUUUGUCAAGAUUGUAUCGUUGUGUAGAUAGACCAAUAUUUCAAGGACUCUCCCAAGAAGCUUUAAGGCUCUGCAUACAAAGUGUCUCCAAAGCUGCGAGCAAGAUAAGUUCUUCCAAGACAUCAAUCGAUGGCGAACUUUUUGAAAUAAAACAUUUGUUAAUACUGAGGGAGCAAAUAGCCCCUUUUCGGGUAGACUUUACUGUGAAGGAGACAUCACUUGAUUUUAGCAAAGUUAAAACCGCUGCUUUCGGAUUGCUACAAAAACGAAAACAGCUUUUUUCAAUGGGAAGCAAUAACGCUAUACUUGAAUUUCUCCUCGAAGGCACACCUCAAAUAAAAGAGCACCUGCUGGACUCUAGAAAAGAGGUUGAUCAGCAGCUUAAGUCUGCUUGUGAACGUUUCAUAAAAGACGCAGUACAGAUGCUAAUUGGACCUUUACUUAUAUUUCUUGAAAAAGCUCAAACUUUGGUAUCGCAAGCACCGACAAUGAGCAAUAAAGAGCAAACAACACCAAGUAAAUUUAACUACACAUUGCGACAAAGUUCUUGGGCAAGUCCACAGCACAUAAGCAGUAUUAUCCAAGAGACACAAAGGCUAAUUAAAGUCAAAUUAUGCAAUCUUCAACGUUCAAUGCAACUUUAUCUCAGCAACCGUGAUACGGAAUUCAUAAUUUUUAGACCCAUUAGAAACAACAUAAUAAGUUCAUUUGUUAAAUUGGAACAAAUACUUGCGACAAAUGGAUAUUCUCAAGAUGACAUGAUUAUUACAAGCUGCCCUUCAGCAGAGCAAGUAUCAAUACUUUUGUCAAGUGCAAGUAUUCUAGCAGCUGAAGCAAUUGUUAAUUUUUCUGGAGGGAGAAAAAUAAGUACAUCAUCAAAUGAGGGUCAUAGCCAAAGAAAAAUAAGCUUGGAGAAGAAGAAAAUUAAACAGUAACUUUUUGUGGCGACAAAUCGAGCAUUUACAAAAUGCUUAAAUUUAUACGUGGAAAAGGACAACAGCCAACUGCCGAACGGCAGCGACUGCAA